GCUCGUCUGCAUCAAUCAUCCUCUUGCAAAGUUUGCAUCUCCGAUCCCUCCUCCUCGUAGGCGCCGUCGUAGUUAAUGGUGUUGCGAGCCUGAUGGGCAUUGGGAGCUCGAGAUCCCGGAGCAGCAGCGACAGAUCGUUCCCGGAACGGAGCUUCUCGAGGGAGCAACCCUACGCUUGGGGGCAGAACAGCUUUCCGGCCCACGACGUAUUUUCUGAGACUCAGCCAGCGCCGCCGCCACCGCCUUCAUGGGAGCAGAGCUACAACGACAACCCGGCUCCUCCUUUGCACCGGACCGCCGCCGCUACCCGUACGCGACAGCUGCCGCAACCAUCGGAGCUGCAGACUUCCGCGAAGCCGAGGCUGGAUCGGAGGUAUUCGAGGAUAAGCGACCAAUAUAACUCACUUGCGGAGGUUACUGAAGCUCUUUCACAAGCAGGUCUUGAGUCAUCAAAUCUUAUUGUCGGGAUUGAUUUCACAAAGAGCAAUGAGUGGACUGGUAAACGGUCAUUUAGAGGUCGCAGUUUGCAUCAUAUUAGUGAUUCUCCAAACCCAUAUGAGCAAGCAAUCUCUAUUAUUGGACAAACCUUAUCAGCAUUCGAUGAGGACAACUUGAUCCCAUGCUUUGGGUUUGGAGACUCAUCAACUCAUGACCAGGAUAUAUUUAGUUUCUAUCCUGACGAGAGACCAUGUAAUGGAUUUUCGGAGGCUCUAGAUCGUUAUAAAGAACUUGUUCCAAAAUUGAAAUUAGCUGGUCCCACCUCAUUUGCUCCAAUUAUUGAAAUGGCAGUGACCAUUGUGGAAGAGAGCGGAGGGCAGUACCAUGUUCUAUUGAUAAUUGCUGAUGGACAGGUUACAAGGAGCGUGGACACUGAAUUUGGACAAUUGAGUUCCCAAGAACAAAAGACAGUUGAGGCUAUUGUGAAAGCUAGUGAUUUUCCUUUGUCAAUAAUUCUGGUUGGAGUUGGAGAUGGCCCUUGGGACAUGAUGAAAGAAUUUGAUGAUAACAUUCCUGAACGAGCCUUUGACAAUUUCCAGUUUGUAAAUUUUACCGAGAUAAUGUCAAAGAACAUGCCUGAAGCUAGAAAAGAGAGCCUAUUUGCUCUUGGAGCACUGAUGGAAAUACCUUCACAAUAUAAAGCAACACUUGAACUCGGAAUUUUAGGUCGUCGGACUGCAAAGUCACCAGAAAGGGUCCCUCUUCCUCCACCAAUCGGAGGGUAUGCAGCCUCUGUCGGAUCAAACAGUUUUAAAUCAACCAGUUUCAAGCGAACUGAACCUACAUACUCGAGCUACGAGACGUCAACUGUUUCUAAUGCAACUCCUUCUGCACCAAGUUCUUCUUACGAUAAUCAUCUUUGUCCAAUUUGCCUUACAAAUCCGAAAGAUAUGGCUUUUGGUUGUGGGCACCAGACGUGCUGCGAGUGUGGUCCUAGUCUUGAGACGUGCCCGAUCUGCCGGACUCAAAUCACUACCCGAAUAAAGCUCUACUGAGGCGGCAUUGUUUAAGACACUCCAUGCCGCAACCAGAGCGCAAGAUAAUGAUCAUUCCAUAAAUCGAACUCUUUCCUUCUGGUCUAUUUAGUUCUUUCUUAGAUUCAAAAGUACUGUAAUCUAUUCUUGGUGGUACUGAUUUAAGCUUCUGUACAUAGAACCUAGCUAGUCCUCGAUUUUUCGUUCAA